AUGCCGCCUCGUCAACCGCCAGUACCCUGGGAACCACCAGAGAGGCCUUGGGCACGCGUGCACAUCGACUUCGUUGACCCACUUAACGGAGUCUCCUACCUAAUCUUGGUUGACGCCUACUCGAAAUGGCCCGAGAUCGCUCCGCUGAAUCCAGCAACCGCUUCUGCCACUAUCGCCUUCCUACGACGCAUCUUUAGCCAGCAUGGCCUACCGGAUGUCCUGGUUUCAGACAAUGGCUGUCAGUUUACUUCGUCGACAUUUGAGAAUUUCUGCCACCAGCACAACAUCCAAUAUCUUCGCUCUCCGCCCUACCAUCCUCAGUCUAACGGUCAGGCGGAGCGUUUUGUCGACACGUUUAAGAGAGCCCUCUUGAAAGCUCGUGAAGAGGGGACCACGGACGAGAUAGUCCAGGCGUUCCUGUUUUCCUACAGGACAACACCGAACCCGGCGUCCCCUGGUGGCGUUUCUCCUGACGAAGCGUUGAUGGGCCGAAAACUGCGUACAACGUUUCAUGCACUCGUUCCUACCGGUGCGCAGCCAGCGCAGACUUCUCCAGUCUCUCGCAGCAAGUUCUCUAUCGGGACACCUGUCUUCGCUCGUGAUUAUCGAGCGUGGUUUCCAGACUGGAUUGAAGCAACCGCAGUAGCGCACAGAGGCAGUAUGUUGUUUGACGUCGACGUUGGUGAUGACAUUUGGGUUCGUCAUCACAACCAGAUCCGACGGCGACAUUGUAUUAACACAACUAGGCUCGAGUCUGCGCCGUCACCCCCCCUUGACAUUCUACUGGAUACCUUCGCCAUUCCGGCAGAUCGGUCGGUCCCUGAGCCCAAUGCUACGCCUCCUUCGGAUGUACCGCCUUCGGUAUCAGUCACUGCCCCCGGGUCUCCAGACAACAAACCACGACUAAGACGCCGGACCAACCGUGUGCGCCGAUCAACACUGCCGUUGCAGAUCAAUCCACGCCAAAAGCGGUACUGA